GAAGCUGUUUAAACUCAGCGCAGCCUGCCAGCGGGUAUGUUCGCUGCUGUGAAUUCUUUGAAGAUGCUCCGCGCUUUACAUUUUUAAUUAAAACGUCCUCUCAGUGCUUUUAAGGCCGAUGCCACUUGUAAUGGUUUUGGAUAAUGGAAGCGGACGACGUGUCGAUAAGAGAGCAACUUUUCCACAACCGCGUCCGGGAGACAAUAAUCUGUGUGCUCCUGUUCACGUGCCUUUACAUGGUGUGCUACCUCGUUCUCACUCACUUCAAGAAGACGGCCGAGUUUGUCACAGAUGAUAUUGAAGAUGCAACUGUCAAUAAAAUUGCAUUGUGGUUGUGCACAUUCACCCUGUCCGUCUCAGUGAGUGCUGUGCUGCUUCUCCCCAUCUCCAUUCUGUCCAACGAGGUGCUUCUCAUGUUCCCACACAGCUACUACAUGCAGUGGCUCAACGGCUCUCUCAUCCAUGGCUUGUGGAAUCUAGUUUUUCUCUUCUCCAAUUUGUCCCUGGUCUUCCUCAUGCCUUUUGCCUAUUUCUUCACUGAGUCUGAGGGAUUUGCAGGAUCCAGAAAGGGAGUAAUGGCCCGAGUGUAUGAAGCAGUGGUGCUGUUGCUGCUGCUAGCUCUGCUUGUGCUAGGCAUUGUGUGGGUGGCAUCAGCCUUCCUCCAUGACAACGCCGCCCGCAAGAGCCUCUACGACCUGUGGGACUGUUACCUUCCAUAUCUGUACUCGGGCAUCUCUUUGUUUGGAGUGCUGCUGCUUCUAUUGUGCACGCCUUUUGGGUUGUCUCGAAUGUUCAGUGUGACUGGGAGCCUGCUGGUCAAACCGCGGCUGCUGGAGGACGUUGAAGAUACACUCAGCUGCACCACAUUUGAGGAAGACUCUCUCUACAGGAAACUCAGCUGCUCCAGUGCGUCAGUUUGGGUCAAUCUGAACAUGGAGGCUAUGAGAAAAGAGUACGAAAGAGUCAGGAACAAUCGCGUUGCUCUGGAGAUGCGCAGGAAAGCGUCUCCAUGGCAGCGAAACCUGGGCUAUCCGCUGGUGAUGCUUGUGCUCCUUUCACUGACGGUGAUGUGCGUACUCAUGGUCUGCUUUAAUGUGCUGGAGCUGCUGCUGGAUGAGACGGCGAUGCCCAGAGGAAUGGAGGACCCUCACCUGGGAAUGGCCUCCUUCUCCAUGUUUGGCUCACUGGGUGCUGCAGUUCAAGUAGUCCUUAUCCUCUACUUGAUGCUGUCCUCAGUGGUGGGGUUCUAUAGCUCCUCUCUGUUCUGUGGCCUCCUGCCUCGUGCAAAGGACACCAACCUCACACAGAUCAUUGCAAACUGUGUGUCACUACUGAUCCUCAGCUCUGCACUGCCGGUUUUUUCACGCACACUUGGGAUCACACGCUUUGACCUACUGGGAGACUUUGGUCGCUACAACUGGCUUGGAAACUUCUACACAGUCUUCCUUUACAACAUGCUGUUUGCUUUUCUCACUUCUGCGUCGCUUAUAAAGACGGUUACCUGGGCCGUCCAGAGGGAGCUCAUCAGAGCCUUUGGACUCCACAGACUACCCAUAACUGUGUCACGCUCUGCCAUCCCCUUCAGACUCCUCCUGGCCAGUGGGCUCUCUAAAAUCCAGUGACCUUUUCAUCUCUAUUGCUGGUUUUUCAAACCAUCAAAAUGAAACCGAGGCCUUCCAAGUGUUCCCCCUUCUCCUUGGAACAAAGACGGUACUGAAUCAGUCUGAAGAUGGCCGGCCGCAAAUAUGGAUCCAAGAUUAAGAUGCCUGCAAGGAUCAGUGCGAGUGUUCAGCUGAGUCAUGUUUAUGACUAACCAAGAGAGGAAAAAAGACUAAAGCCAUAUUGGCAGUCCUGCCAUCCUGAGCAAUAAACAUCAGCUGAGUUAUUUUUGACAUGUCAUUCACGUUAUGGCCGUGUCGUCCUUCUGUAGUACCUUUAGGGUCCCUGGAAAACUGAGGUUGUACCACUGUUUUAAGAUUGGGAAUAUUUUACUUUAAGGUUUAUUUUAUACCAAAGUUUUAUAUUUGAUAUGUAAAUGGGAAGAAAUGGGACACGACACCAUCGGCUGUUUUUGGAUCUGGAGGUCAUACAGGGAAUUAAGAGGCCCACUUCAGCUGAAUGAGUGGAUUUUCCUUGAGAAAUAAUAUGUGGGUUAAAAAUAACAAAGUGUUUUUAAUGUGAUGAGUGAUUGAAAUAUAUAUAUAUAUAUAUAUAUAUAUAUAUAUAUAUAUAUAUAUAUAUAUAUAUAUAUAUAUUUGUCUGAACUUUUUAACAUGUCUCCCUCAUCAGGAGGAAACUCUGCCUUAACUAUUGAAACUGUGACUCUUUAUGAACUUUAGUGGGACUGUGCAAUAUUUUGAUACUGUAAAAGCACACGUUUUGUAUUUUUACCAUAAGUCAUUUCAGAAUUUUCUCUUCGUUUAGUUUUUAUUCCUAGGUUGCACGUGAGUUUGUGUGCUUGAGAUUAUGUCUUUCUUUUUAAAUCAAAUGCCAAAUGUGACUGUCGGCCCUUCCGGCUUUUACCAAGUGUUCAUUCAUCCUGUCAUAAAUUCCAUAAUAUCAGCAUUAUCUCAUCAUCUACUGUGUGUGGAGGUGAUCUUAUGUUUAAGCUGCUGUAUCAGCAGGUUGGCUGGUAGUUUGACCAGCAGGGGGCAGUGCAUCUUAAAUUCAACAUGAGCCUUUUGUGUUGAGUAGUUUUUACUCUGCGCUUCAUUUCUAUGGAAGCAAGUUUACCCAUUGAUUUGUUCUUUCUGGCUUUUAGAACAGGGAUUUUGUAAUGUUUUCAUUUUUGGGGCAUUUUGGGAUCUGUUUGCUCAUCCUUUUAAAAAUUUGUGAAUCUUCUGACAAAUGUGUUAUGUUUUCCUGAAAGAUAAAGUAGUUCACUUUUUUAAAAAGUGGCAUUUUCUCAAGUUGUUUACUGUUUUCAGCGUUAAGUAGAAAACAAUAAAAAAAAAUAAGUUAAAGGUGUGA